GAACCGUUUUCGUGUGUUUUGGGCCUCUGGAGCUACCGUAUGAAAACAGAAAACGUCAUUUUGGAGCGAAAGUUUUCGAAAGACUGAACGUAAUGGAUGCGGCGUGUAUUACUCGUACAGUAACAUUUCAUGAAGCGUGAAGCCCUCGUAAAAUUGGGCGCUAAAGACGUCAGAAAUGGACGGACUUGAGAUGUCAGCGAUGAUACCGGCUCUUCAGGAGCUAGCAAGUGCCAGCGCGGAUGAGUAUGACUUGGCGGUGCAGAAGCCUCGACAGAUCCUCUGUCAGUUCAUAGACAGGAUCCUGACUGAUGUGGAUGUCGUUGCUUUAGGUCUAAGUAAGAAGUCCAGCUCGGAGCCGGCGUGCGUCAUGCUGCUGGACUUUGUGCAGCAUAUUGUCAAAUCCUCGUCUUUAAUGUUUGCAAACCCUGCAUGCCACCCAGCUGAAUACCCAGAUACCACACAAAGCUCUGUUGACUUCAGUCGGUGGGUCGCUGCUCGCCUCCUCCGUGUCGCUGCCGCUCCGAGCUGUGAUGUGAUCCACGGACGCGUCUGUGCGGUUUUAUGCUCCUUACUUCACUCUCUGAGGGUCAAGGUGCCUUUCAUUUUCAGCCGCCUCACUCAGGAGCUCAUAUUUUUGGCCCGAGACCUCAGCGGCGUCCUGUACUCUCACAUCUGUUACCUGGCUGAGCAAGGACCCGGUCAGGGGAUUCAGACGCAGAACCGAUGGCCCGUUGUGCUGGAGCGCUUCGCCUUCCCGCCCACCUCCUCCUCUUCCUCCUCGUAUCUCAGCUCUUCCUCCCUCGUACUCUCCUCGCCUGCUGCUUUAGAGUCCCUGACUGCUGCCACCCUCCACAUCCUAACUGACGUUCUGAGGGGAGUCAUCUCGGGUCAGGACCUCACGGUGGUUUGGGAGACAGCCUGUUUUAUUUUGGCCAACGGCAACAUCAGACUAAAGAAGCUCUCCAUGGUGGUGCUGAGAAAAGUGGUUGAGUGGAAGGAGUUUGCUGAAAUGACGAGCCACGAAUUCUUUAUUGCCUUUUUCCAUUUGCUGGAAACGCACUCCUACACAGAGAACGAGGAACGACCAUACGAAGGAGAACUCCUGAAGCUGAUCAGCUGCGUGUUCCAGCCACCUCAAGCUCCUCCCUCAAACUUUGAGCCCAUGUAUCUCGCACAGAUGUUCGAGUGUGUUUGUACUCUUGGAGGAGGUGGUGUUAAGUUAGGAGCAGAGGUUGCUGAAUCUCUCUGCCUGCUCUUCAGCUUCUCGCUGUCGUCGGCUCCGGUAUGUGAUAGCGCCGCACUGCUGAGAAGACGGCGGGUCACAGAAGUCUGCCGCACGCUGGCGCUGACCAUCGGGACGAACAAUCAGGCUGAGUGUGCUCAGGGAUUUCUCCAAGCUGCCCUCAAAGCUGAGACCGCUAAAGUCAUCCAGGACUCAGAGGAGGAAGAAGUUCCUGCGAAAAGAUCCCGCAAAUCUACAACCAGCAAAACAUCUUCCAAUGAAGUGGACAUGAGCGCCCGCAGCGAGGUUUGGGCCGUGUUGAAAAGUCGUCUGGAGGAGCUGCUGGCCCUCCUGAGCUCUGAGAAACCGGAGAGCCCCCAAACUCUGUGGGCUCUUCAGGGUCUGGCCCUCAUCCUCCACCUGGCGGGCUGCUGCUCCUCCCCCACCAGUCCGUGUCCUCUCCUGUGGGUGUCUGCCGAAACCCUCAGCAGAGUCCUGCACAGCUGUCGUCUGCUGCUGGAGGGAACCGUCGGUGAGCAUGAUCGUUUCCGGGCUGCUGUUCGUGUCGUUGUUGGGAUUCUCGACUCGGUCUUGUACCUGACAUGGGGUAGAACAAUUGAGGAUGAACUGCUGCUGAGCUUGUGUGCUCUGCUGUCUCUACCCUGGGGGUGUGAGAGCAAGUCUGCCUUCGCGUUUAAGAGUUCAAGAUUCCCCUCCUGGCUUCCUGCUUUGGCCCAGAAGCUCAGUGACUUUUUCUUGCCUGAUAUUAAGGCUGACUUCGUGUCGCUGCUGGCCUUUCUUCCUGGCGGCGUGUGUAAGACGUGGCGCGUCUGCGUCUUUACUAAAGCGCUGCAGAGUUGGGAUGAAUGCGUCCUAGCAGCGGCCAUCCAGGUUUUCCCAGUCCUCCUCCAUCACCUGGGAAAAGGGUUCCACAGCCUCAUCGGAACCACUCUACUGUCGGUGCUGGAAGAUGAUUCGGAGCAGGUGAAGGUGGAGCUUGCACGUAUCGUUGGUGACCUGUGCUGCGUUCAGUCUGGACUUUCUACGCUCAGAUACAAAGAACACAUCAAACAUCCCAAAUUCCUCUGCUUCCAAUGUGGGCUGGAAACGGAGCAUGAUGGGAAAGUAGAGCCAUCCCUCAGCGCUUCUGUGGUUAAACAGUUUCUGUCUUUGCUUGGACCACAAUCUACAAGUGGCAUCAAACUAGCCUUCCUGGACGCUCUGCCUCACCUUUGUCAACAUGUGAACCUGACCGGUGAAGGUGACGACUCCCAGGCGGUUCUCCGUGCUCUGACCAACCUCAUGGAAGAUCCAGAUCCUUCCGUCAGAGAACGCUUCAGCCACGUGGUGCAAUUCCUCAUCAAAUACUCUGCAAACGAGUCAGAAGGGAGCCCUCUGAAUGAGCUCCUGGUCACACGCCUGAAGGAGUCCUUCAGCAACGCCAAAACAAACCGAGACGACAGUCUGCGCCACACUCUCAUCCUCACUCUUGGAGAGAUCGGCAGAGCUUCUCAGGGUAGUCUGGUGUCCUUUUCUCUGCUGCGUCUCCUCCACUGCCUCCUGUCCAAGUCGUCGCCCGUGUCCGUGGACGCCUACACUCAGAUCACGGCGCUGGCUGCGGCUAAAGGCUUGAAGCUGCAGACUCUCUUCAGUCAGUACAAGAACCCCAUUUGUCAGUUUCUUGUGGAGUCGCUGCAUUCACGGCACGCAUCGGCGCUGAGGAGCACUCCGGACCAGAGCGGCGAAUCGGCCAAUCAGAGAGAGCUGGCUCUCGACAUCCUGGCUCAGAUCGCGCACGCCUUCGACUUCCCAGACCUUCACCGCUUCCUCACACGGACGCUCCAGGUGCUUCUGCCUUACCUGGCAGCGAAGGCCAGCCCCACAGGCUCCGCCCUCAUUCGUACUCUCGCUAUUGAGCUGAAGGCGAACAGGAGGGAGAUUCUCAUCAACAACUUCAAAUACAUCUUCAGCCAUCUGGUCUGCUCCUGCACCAAAGAAGAGCUGGAGAGGGCUUUCCACUACCUGCAGAGUGAAACGGAGAUCGAACUGGGUUCUCUGUUACGCCAAGACUUCCAGGGUCUUCACAACGAGCUGCUGCUGCGUCUGGGAGAACAUUACCAGCAGGUAUUUAACGGAUUGGCGAUUCUGGCCUCCUUUGCAUCCAACGAUGAUCCAUACCAAGGGCCACGAGACAUUACGACCCCAGAACAUAUGGCAGACUAUUUGCAGCCGAAGCUGCUGGGAAUUCUGGCUUUCUUUAACAUGCAGCUGCUGAGCUCCAGUGCAGGAGAGAAAGACCGCAAAAAGUUGGCUCUGACGAGUGUGAUGGCUCUGAUGCGCCUGAUGGGCUCCAAGCACAUCAGCACCGUCAGGGUGAAGAUGAUGACGACGCUGCGCACCGGCCUCCGAUACAAGGAAGACUUCCCUCUGCUGUGCUGCCAAACAUGGGACUGUUUUGUGAGGAGCGUGGAACCAUCACACCUCGGGCCUCUGCUUAGUCAUGUAAUUGUUGCCCUGCUGCCCCUGAUCCCUCCGCAGCCCAAAGAAACUGGAGCCAUCAUCCGUUUCCUUAUCUUGGAGAACAGGGAGGAAGUUCAAGACUACCUUCAUGAGAUCUACUUUCUGCCUGAUCACCCGGAACUCAAAGACAUCCACACAGCUCUGCAGAAUUACAAAAAGCUGACCACCAGCAGCAGCGAUCUGGCGGCGGCGCUGCAGCUCUCCAUGAGAGCCGUUCAGCACGAGAACGUGGACGUGAGGAUCCAUGCUCUGACCAGCCUCCGGGACAUGAUGCACAGCAACCAGGAGUGGCUGCUGCGGCAGGUCUGUGCCAGUGAGGCGGUGGAGCCGGUCAUCUCCAGCCUGGUGUCGGUGCUGCUGAACGGCUGCCAGGAUGCGUCUCCAGAAGCCAGGCUCCUUUGUGGGGAGUGUCUCGGGGAGCUGGGGGCCGUGGAUCCUGGACGUCUGGACCUGUCGCACACACACUCCAACGGCGACCGCAACACCUUUGUGACCGGAGUUGAUGAUCCCAACUUUGCCUAUGAUCUACUGACGGAGCUGACCAGGACGUUCCUGGCUUACGCCGACGACGUGCGCGCCCAGGACUCAGCCGCUUACGCAAUCCAGGAACUCCUUUCAAUAUUUGAGUGUCGCGAGGGAAGGAGUGACUCCCCGGGACGCCGACUGUGGAGGAGAUUUCCAGAACAAAUUCAAGAAAUUCUGGAGCCUCAUCUGAAGAGCAGAUACAAGAGCAGCCAGAAAGAGGUGAACUGGUCUAAAUUGAAGAAGCCCAUUUAUCUGAGCAACAAGGGGAGCAAGUUUUCUGAUUGGUCAGCCACCUGGGCAGGUUACCUCAUCAGCAAGGUGAGACACGAGUUGGCCGGCCGAGUGUUCAAAUGUUGCAGCUUCAUCAUCAAGCACGACUACAAGGUCACCAUCUACCUGCUGCCUCACAUCCUGCGCUACAUGCUGCUGGGCUGCACUCCUGCGGAGCAGCAGGAGGUAACGGAGGAGAUGCUCGCUGUGCUGACGGAAGGGGAUACGCAGGAAGGAGGCGGAGCCCAGGAGACGGCUUCCAGCCUAUCACAGCUCAGCACUCAGACUGUGUUCAGCAUGGUGUCACACCUGACGCAGUGGAGCCGACACAUCCUGUACUCCAAACCCAAAGUUAAUGGUAAUGUUGGAGUUCUUGAAAGGAUCUCUGGAACUUCAAGUUUUGAUAACAAAAAGUUGCAGUUGACUAAAUUCCCUUUUGCAGAAAGUGGGGAUUUCCAGCGCGUGGUGGCCUUCCUGAAGGGGAUUCCACAGGACGUUCUGGCCAAAGCCUCCCUGCGAUCCAAAGCGUACACCCGUGCUCUCAUGCACUUUGAAGCUUACAUCCUAGAAAACAAACUAAGCAUCCAGGACCACCUGAGCUUCCUGCAGACGCUGUACGCUGCCAUGCACGAACCCGACGGAGUGAGGGGCGUCAACGCUUUGAGGAGGGAGGAGCCGUCGCUACGGGAACAGAUACUCGAGCACGAGAGCAUCGGCCUGCUCCGAGACGCGACGGCCUGCUACGACCGAGCCAUACAGCUGGAGUCUGACCAGAUCGACCACUAUCAUGGCGUGAUGACAUCCAUGCUCGGGCUGGGACAACUCUCCACAGUCAUCACACAAGUUAACGGAGUUCUGGCUAACAAGAAACAGUGGAAGUCGGAGUUAAACUCCUACAGAGUGGAGGCGGCCUGGAAGCUCGGGAAGUGGGACCUGCUGGAGGAUUAUUUAAGUUCAGACCAGCAGUCGAGUACUUGGGGCGUGGGGCUCGGCCAGCUGCUGCUUUCCAUGAAAAAGCAGGACACUAAGACUUUCUAUGAGAAGCUGAAGCUGGUGAGGACCAAGCAAGUGGUCCCCCUGUCUGCGGCCAGCUACGAGUGUGGAACCUACCAGAGAGGAUACGAAUACAUCGUCCGGCUGCACAUGCUGAGUGAGCUGGAGCACGCAUUUACUGAGCUGCAGACGCAUCGGGGAGGCUCCACUCCAAGUGUUAGCCAGCUGCCCCCCCACUGGUCAGACCGUUUGGAGAUGACUCAAAAGUCCUUCCGGGCCAAAGAGCCCAUCCUGGCUCUCCGUCGAGCCCUGCUCAGCCUGGGACCACAACCGGUGCGUCAGGAGCUGGUCGGGGAGUGCUGGCUCCAAAGCGCUCGGGUUGCCAGGAAGGCCGGACACCACCAGACGGCCUUCAACGCCCUCCUCAACACGGAGAACACUCACCUGGCCGAGCUGGUCACCGAGAAGGCCAAGUGGCUCUGGUCCAAGGGUGACGUCCACCAGGCGUUGAUCGUGCUGCAGAAGGGCGUUGCUCAGUGUUUCCCCGAGAAUCAGCUCCUGACGGACCCUCGCAGCCUUCAGACGAAAGGAAAGGCCAUGCUCCUGGUGGGACGCUUCAUGGAGGAGACGGCAAACUUCGAGUCGAAUGCCAUCAUGAAGGCGUACAAGGACGUGACGAACCUCCUGCCUGAGUGGGAGGACGGAAACUUCUACCUGGCAAAGUAUUAUGACAAAGUGAUGCCGAUGGUGACCGAUAACAAGCUGGAGAAACAAGGAAACCUCAUCCGAUACAUCGUUACGUUCUUUGGAAAGGCGCUUCAGUAUGGGAACCAGUACAUCUACCAGGCCAUGCCCCGCAUGCUGUCGCUCUGGUUGGAUUUUGGAGCCAAAGUGUGUGAAUGUGAGAAAACUGGCCGCACAGACAGACAGAUGCGACAGGAGCUCAGUAAAAUCAACGCCAUCGUCACUGAGCACUGCACCAACCUGGCUCCGUACCAGUUCCUCACCGCGUUCUCCCAGCUCAUCUCCAGAGUGUGUCACUCCAGUGAUGAGGUCUUCACUGUUCUCAUGAACAUUGUAGCCAAAGUCUUCCUGGCAUACCCGCAGCAGGCCAUGUGGCUAAUGACUGCUGUCUCCAAGUCUUCGUACCAAAUGAGGAUGAACCGCUGUAAUCAGAUCCUUAAAAAAGCCGUCAGUCUCAAACAGUCUCUGGACAAGUUUAUUGGAGAUGCCAACAGACUGACGGACAAACUGCUGGAGCUCUGCAACAAACCGGUGGAUGGGAACAGCACCACCCUCAGCAUCAGCGUUCACUUCAAGCAGCUGAAGCGUCUGGUGGAGGAGACGACCUUCAGCCAAAUCCUGAUCCCUUUACAGUCCGUACUGAUCCCGACGCUGCCUUCCACCGGCGGGACGAACGCCAAGCACGACGCCUUCCCGGGACACUGGGCGUACCUGGACGGCUUUGAAGAUGUUGUGGAGAUUUUAGCUUCUUUACAGAAGCCUAAGAAGAUCAGUCUGAGGGGCACCGAUGGUCGAUGUUACACCAUGAUGUGUAAACCCAAAGACGAUCUGAGGAAGGACUGCAGGCUCAUGGAGUUCAACUGCCUCAUCAAUAAGUGCCUGCGCAAAGAUGCAGAGUCGAGGAGGAGGGAACUUCACAUCCGUACCUACGCAGUGAUUCCUCUCAACGAGGAGUGCGGCAUCAUCGAGUGGGUCAACAACACCGCUGGACUGCGGCACAUCCUCACCAAGCUGUACAAAGAGAGAGGUGUCUAUUUAUCAGGUAAAGAGCUGAGGAAGCUUAUUCUACCAAAGUCGGCUCCCUUUGAGGAAAAACUGCGGAUCCAUAAGGAGGUGCUGUGCGCCCGCCAUCCGCCUGUCUUCCACGAGUGGUUCCUGCGGACCUUCCCGGACCCGACCUCCUGGUACAGCAGUCGCUCCGCAUACUGCCGCUCCACCGCUGUGAUGUCGAUGGUCGGCUACAUCCUCGGCCUCGGUGAUCGCCACGGAGAAAACAUUCUGUUUGACUCUUUUACUGGGGAGUGUGUUCAUGUCGACUUUAACUGCCUCUUCAAUAAGGGGGAGACAUUUGACGUACCUGAGGUGGUUCCUUUCCGCCUUACCCAAAACAUGGUGCACGCUAUGGGGCCCAUGGGUACCGAGGGUCUCUUUCGACAAGCUUGUGAGGUCACGCUAAGAUUAAUGAAAGACCAGAGAGAGCCGCUGAUGAGUGUGCUGAAGACCUUCCUUCAUGACCCCUUGGUGGAGUGGAGCAAACAAACUAAAGGACUGUCAAAGACCCAAGUUCACGAGACCGGCGAGAUAGUAAAUGAAAAGGCGAAAACACACGUGUGUGACAUCGAACAGCGCCUGCUGGGGGUGAUAAAGAGCAGAAACAAAGUGCUGGGACUACCUCUGUCUAUAGAAGGUCAUGUGCAUUACCUCAUCCAAGAGGCCACUGAUGAAAAACUUCUCUGCCAGAUGUAUUUAGGUUGGGGUCCGUACCUGUAGGAGCACACAUUCCCUCCCUGCCAUCCAAGCACUUUUUGAUGAGAAUGUUCCGAGGAUUAAAUGUUUUUCUAAAACAAAAGGUUGAUAAAUCUGUAUUAUUUUUUGUUACAUUUGUUCUAAUAAAACAAACGUUUUGUUGGUUUGA